GCAGGUGCGGGAGGGGAGAUGCCACAUGCUAGCAGAGGCAGGUGUGAGUGGGUGCGCCGUGGCGGAGGCCGCGCCUUCCCCCAUCAGUGCACCUGAGCGAGCAGUCUGGCCACCCUCGCCAGGCACAGACUGGCUGGCGCAAAAGGGGUUGUGGGGCGCAUCCCCGCAGCGCUGCGAGCCGCCCGCUUUACUGGUCUUUUUGGGAGGGUGGCCAGACUGCCCAGCCUGGGAAAGGAGACGGCUUCCAACCUUGGAAAGUUUCUCGAUGCUGUUCCCCCGGCAGGGAUCCAUCUCGCUGGCCACCGCAAUCUUAUCUGGCCGCCAACAACAGCUCCCACCGGAGCGUUUUGGCCAGCAUCCGAUUCUCCUAAUGGCACAAGUAUCCAUGUACACGGCAAAGUUGCACACGCAUUGUCAGCGAUUCAGCUCACAAGAAAAACCCCUUUCACUCCCGGGCCUCUUUUUGGUGUGCGAUCAUGUCCCCUUGCUGCUUGCGAGACCCGAGGCCUGUGACCGUGGUGUUGUGGAGCAAUUAUACUCAUCGUUUCUGCUCCCUGCGCUCAUCGAACGAUGGGGGCCAACGAACGAACGAGCGAGUAUCUGGCGAGGCAGGAGAUGAGCCGGUGGUGGACUGACCCAAUCCUCUGGACCUGGACGUGUUCGACAUUGUUCUCCAUGGCUGGCAGCGAGUGAGGCUCUGGGGCUGGUCGAGGGUAGACUGAUUCACCCGACUCCUCGCCAACUGCAUGCUCGGCU